CAUAGUUUUACUUGUAAAUCAAAAAUAAGUGACUUGAUUGUAAAUUUUUGUGAAAUUGACAAAAUUCCAACAAUACGAUAUGGCUACUAAUUUCAAACCUGUAACUCACUGUUUAUUUGACAUGGAUGGAUUACUUAUUGACACAGAGACUCGAUAUACUGUGGCAUUUAAUCGAGUGGUAAACAAAUAUGGAAAGGAAUUUACGUGGGAACACAAAGCAGCAACGAUGGGAUUACAGACUAAUGACAACUUCAGCAAAAUUAUUGAGAUGCUUGAUCUACCAAUAACUCCAGAAGAAUUCAUUCAACAAGUGUUGCCACACUAUGAAGAGCUUUUUUCUAAAAGCGAAAUGCUUCCAGGAACAGAAAAACUUCUGCGGCAUUUACACAAACACAACAUUCCAAUAGCUUUAGCAACAAGCUCUAGCAAAGCAAGUUAUGAAUUGAAAACUCAAAAUCUUAAACCUAUAUUUGAGCUUUUCCAUCACCGUGUGUGUGGAAGUUCAGAUGAUGAAGUUAAAAAUGGGAAACCGGCUCCAGAUAUUUUUUUGGUCUGUGCUAGUCGAUUUCCAGAUAAACCAGAUCCUGCCAAGUGUCUUGUUUUCGAAGACUCUCCAAAUGGUGUUCAAGGAGCAGUUAGUGCAGGGAUGCAAGUUGUAAUGGUACCUGAUCCAAAUUUACCAAAAAAUUUAACAGAAAAGGCGACUUUAGUUUUAAACAGUAUGGAAGAUUUUAAACCUGAAGUGUUUGGACUUCCAGCAUUUGAUGAUUAACAAAAAUCCGAAUAAAUUAGCAUCAAUUAGUUAUGAUCGUAAAAUUUAAAUUAAAUAAUUGAAUUUAAAAUCGUUCAAAUAAUAUAACAAUGCACAUUUGAGAAGUUAAUUAAAAGUUGUAAUUUAAAACUAGCAACCUUCUUUCUGUCCAAAGAGAAUAUAUUGAAAA